AUGGACAAUUUUGAGGUUAUACUGGGUAGCUCGAAAUGUAUCAAAUUGACGGUAUUCAUAUUCCUCGAACUUGACACCACUGAACUAGGGCCCAUCUUCAACUUCUUUCGUGAUGCUUUAAGCUGUCAGGUGACACAUGCGUUGGAUGCUCUCGACAUUAAUUACAUUGAUCAGAAAUUGACAAUUGUUUUUACGGAUUCACGAUUUGAUGCGAAACGAUGCACUCUUCUAUUCAAUAAUAUUCUCAAUUUGCCCAAUUUCACAGAACUUAAAUCCCAACUUAUUGCUCCCCUAUUUCUCCCCACCUUAUCCACUCCACCAACAGCGGGAGAGUUGGAAAAUCAGUACACAAUUAUUCAAAAUACGUCAAUUCUUGUGGAAAUCGGACCUGAUUACUUCUACGGACCAAAAUAUUUCCCAAACCAAACGGUGACAAAUGUUGAUUCGGUCAUGCGAGCGCGAAUUACUGCUUUUGAUUUGACUAACGACAUCCAAAAUAGAGUUCUUGAAGUUGCUGUUAAGCAUCUUGCUCUAAACUCCGAUAUCGUAAACUUGGCCUAUGUUUACGAUGAUACCGAAAUGGACAAAUUUGGAUUCAUGAACAGCCUGAACGAAAUGCUUAAUGUCCACUCGCUCAGUUCUUUUGAGACACCCGAAGAUGUAUUGGGUCAAAUCCUCAUGGAUGGAUCAAAUAUCAUUGUGCUAAAUGUUCGCCAGAAUGCCGCUUUGGAAAUUCUAAAAAGGGCCGAAGUGAAGAAUAUCCUACAACAGCCGUUCUAUUGGAUUGUCUUUAAUGCUGGAAUAACGCUCUCCGGGCAACAUUUCAACGUGGAAGAUACCAACUUCUACGCCAUCGAGUUCUCGACAAAUGGGAACCUCGAACGUUUUCCUGAACUCUCCAGUUUAACGAGACCAAUUUCACCUCAAGACCUGAUUUUUAGAGACACUGCAGUGAAAGCCCUUGUGGAAAUACAGUCUAAACUCAGUCAAAGUGCGUACAAGGUUACAGUGAAUCAAACUCUCGAAAUUGAGGCCGGUUUUCAAGCUCCAAAACCUCCACCUUCCAGAGCGUCGCUUUUACAACUACUGAAACGAAAAGGCCUUCGACUGGGAACAGUUGUGAUGCCACCACUAAUAACAGAAGAGACCGCUGAGAAUGGGACGGGUCAAAUUCGUGGUCCUGAAAUAGCACUUGCUGAGGAGUUGAUGAGGCGAUUGAAUGUGUCCUAUGAAAUCACAGCCUAUAAACUGGAAAUUGGUGCGGAAAACGAUGGUAAAUGGACGGGAGUCUUUGGAAACCUCCAAAAAUGGGAUAUGGAUCUUCUAGUUGGCCCCUUCACAAAUACCGAAGAGAGAUUAUCAUCCUUUCGAAGUACAUCACCAUAUCAGAGCUUCUCAUACAAGUUCCUCCUUCUUCCACAUUCCCUCAAAGCCUCCCUUGAGAUCUUCCAGUUCACCCUUGCAUUUGAUGUCUAUACCUGGGUCAUGAUAUUCGUGGCUGCAGUAGCGAUUGCUGGAUCCCUUAUACUAUUGCAUAGAAUCAGUCCAAAUACCCACAGCUUCGGAAUUCAUCCAUCCAUGAUCUUUGUUUUCGGUUACCUCUUCCAGGGAGUGCGAACACGUUCCCCAAGCACAGCACCUAGUCAGAUUGUCAUUGUGGUCUGGUGGUUCUUCUGCCUUCUCUUGGUAAUCGCUUUUUGUGCAAAUUAUGCCGCCUAUCGAUCCUUCACCUCUCUGGUGACCCUUCCAAAUACACCGAGUACUUUACUCCAUCAGGAGUAUUAUAAGUACUCGUAUAUAAAUGGAUCGAAUCUGGAGUUCCUAAUGAGUAUGACUCAAGAUCCAUCGAUUUACCAACUUUAUCUCACGAUAAACUCCAAAUUCGAUGACGUUAUUGCGGAUACCCGGGAAAACGGUAUCGACCAGGUUCGUCGUGUAAGUUAA